CCAGCUUCUUUAUCAUAUGCUUAUAGCCACAGCCGGACAGCAAGCUUUACUCAGACCUGCAGAUAAACGCAGGGCAGGUAAAACUAUGGAGGGCCCCUCAUCGGACAAGGUGGUCGUCAGCAAUCCGGCAGAUAUAACUGUCAUCGUUGGAUAUUUCCUGGUGGUUAUAGGUGUUGGGAUUUGGUCUAUGUUUCGAGCCAAUCGGGGGACGGUGGGGGGGUAUUUCCUGGCAGGACGCACAAUGACCUGGUGGCCAGUUGGUGCUUCUCUGUUUGCUAGUAACAUUGGCAGUGGUCACUUCGUGGGCUUGGCGGGAACUGGAGCGGCCAGUGGCAUUGCCGUAGGAGGGUUCGAGUGGAAUGCUCUGUUCAUCGUGCUGCUCCUUGGUUGGCUGUUUGUACCUGUCUACCUCACAGCCGAGGUGAUAACCAUGCCACAGUACCUGAAGAAGAGGUUUGGCGGGACUAGAAUCAGUCUCUACCUGUCUGUGAUCUCUCUGUUCCUGUACAUUUUCACUAAGAUCUCAGUGGAUAUGUUUUCAGGAGCCGUGUUUAUUCAGCAGGCGUUGGGGUGGAACAUGUAUGUGUCCGUCAUCGCCCUUCUUUUAAUUACAGCUUUGUACACAGUUACAGGUGGCCUGGCAGCCCUGAUGUACACAGACACAGUUCAGACGUUCGUCAUCAUUGCGGGAGCCUUCGCCCUCACCGGAUUCUCCUUUGCUGAAGUUGGAGGCUACACCGGCCUUCUUACCAAAUACAGCUCCGCGAUGCCAAGCAAUUUCUCCUCCAUGGACCCCGAUCGCUACAACAUCUCCCCCCAGUGCUACAUCCCCAGGCAGGAUGCGUUCAGCCUGCUGAGGGACCCAACCACAGCGGACCUGCCCUGGCCUGGGGUGUUGUUUGGGAUUUCAAUCAGCGGCAUUUGGUACUGGUGCUCAGACCAGGUGAUCGUUCAGAGGUGCCUUGCAGCUCGUAACAUCACACACGUGAAAGCCGGAUGCAUCCUGUGUGGUUACCUGAAACUGCUACCCAUGUUCCUCAUGGUGUUCCCCGGCAUGAUCAGCAGGAUCCUCUACCCAGAUGAGGUUGGCUGUGUGGUUCCGGAGCACUGCAAAGAGAUUUGUGGGACUGAGGUGGGCUGCUCCAACAUUGCGUAUCCCAAACUGGUGGUGACGGUCAUGCCAAACGGUUUGCGAGGCCUGAUGCUGGCUGUGAUGCUGGCUGCUCUCAUGUCCUCUCUGGCCUCCAUCUUCAACAGCAGCAGCACUCUGUUCACCAUGGACAUCUGGACCCGCAUCCGACCACAGGCCACUGAGCCGGAGCUCAUCAUUGUAGGCAGAGUCUGGGUUCUGUGCAUUGUUGCUGUAAGCAUCUGCUGGAUCCCAGUGGUCCAGGCGGCCCAAAGCGGCCAGCUGUUUGAUUACAUCCAGUCGAUCUCCAGCUAUCUGUCUCCCCCCAUCGCCUCCGUCUUUCUGCUGGCUGUGUUUGUGAAGCGGGUCAACGAAACGGGUGCCUUCUGGGGUCUAGUGGGCGGUCUGGCCAUGGGUCUGUGCCGGAUGCUGCCCGAGUUCUGGUUCGGUACCGGCAGCUGCAUCUUCCCCUCCCGGUGCCCUUUCCUCGUGUGCGGAAUCCACUACUUGCAUUUCGCCAUCAUACUCUUCUUCUGUACUUCGGCGCUGGUGCUGCUGGUCAGCUACUGCUCCGAGCCCAUAGAGGACCAACACCUUCAUCGUCUGGUGUUCAGUCUUCGGCACUCCAAGGAGGAGAGGAAAGAUCUGGACUGGGAGCAAGAGGAAAAAGGGAGGGUAGCCCGCAGAGAGGCCGAGGAGAGGGCAAGGGAGAAGAGGGCUGGAACAGGGGUCAGAGAGCUGGAAAAGUCUGGAUUCUGCCGCCUCGUAAGUGCUUUCUGUGGCCGGGGCGGCGACUCGGAGGCCUAUGAGCUGGAAGAACCUGAAGGACUGGAGCAGCAGCUGCCGGAUAUCAGCGAGGUUUCCGCGUGGAAGUACGCCGUGGACGCCAACGCCAUCAUCAUGAUGACCGUGGCGGUUUUCCUGUGGGGAUACUUUGCUUAACGGAGUGCUUGGUUCCACAGUGACAUGGACGUCAGAAUGUGGGUUUGUAAUGCUGGAUGACUAGGCUUACCAAUAAAAAAGGAGUCAAUCUUCAAAUGCAAGACA